CUAAAAAAUAUCUCAAAGUGCAACUCUACUGUUGUUUGUUUUCACCGUGGCAUGUGCCAAUCCAAAUCCUUUUGGUUAAUUUCUUAAGCACACAAAACCGGAUCGACGGACAGAUGUUUCUCAAGCCUUACAGACCGAAGAGCAGUGCUGCCCUGAAGGGAUCCGAUAGCAAGAAGUUCCGGCAGCGUGUGGAAGCGGCGUUUCCCCAUGUGUCCGUGGAUCAGCUGGUGCCGGCGAAGGCGGCGGUGACCCAGGUAAAGAUCCUCACCCAUGGCGGUGUCCAGAGCAUGGUCUACUGCGUGGAUAAGCUGCCCUUGUUCUUCGAACUGGAUGGAGGGAAUCUGGUGCCCACUCUUUACAGCCUGUGGUCCGUUCCGGACAUCCUGCCCUAUUUCACCACCCACGAGGGAGUGUUACCGAAGCUGACGAACGGAGCGGAUCUCAUGCUGCCCGGAGUGGUGCCUCUGGGCGUGGGAUUAAGCAUGUACGGGCACUACAAGAAAGGACAGUUGAUGGCUGUAAACCUCACAAAUAACAAAUCAGCCGUAGGCUUAGGUCAGUUAACUCGCUCCAGCGAUGAAUUGUACAUGUGUGGAGGUCACGGCGUGGCCAUCAAAAUGCUCCACCUCUUCGGCGAUAAACUUUGGUCCCAUGAACCCAGUCUUGUGCAGCAAAUCCCGCUGGUAAAGACGAAGGCAUUAUCAGGCGAGGAUUUUCCUGCUCUUGGUUCUGAGACGGAAAGGAAAAAGGCAGCACAUCCUGCAGCUCCAGCUCCUGUAACUUUCGCCUCUGUAGCCCAAAACGAGGAACUAGAAUCGGACACGGCUGCCCUUUCUUUAGAUGAUCAGGCAACUUCCAAAUCCGAUGAAGAAGUCGAGGAUGAAGACUCACCGGAACUGAUUCUCAAGAAUGCCUUUCUUUCAGCCUUAAAAAACAAUGGAAAAAAGCUGCCUCUGCCACUGUUGACCAGCAAUUUCUAUAGGCUCUAUGUUGUUACCGAAGCCCCAGACCAAAUUGCUAAAAAGACCCGCUACAAGAAGCUCUCCAACUUCCUGGCCGAGAUGGUGGACCAGGGAUUCAUUGUGGUGCGAGAGGAGAGCAAGGGAGUGGAUAAGAUCAUAUCUGUGGAUCUGGAGCACCCCGAAGUGGUAAACUUUAUAACCGAUGUCAAGGCAAACGAGGCGAAUGGAUCGGCGUCCGAGACGCCUCUCUUCCACUCCGAGCUGAAGGAGAUGUACAUAGUGACCGAUGUGACGGCGGCCUUUUUCACCAAGCUGAACUUCAAACGCGGCGAGGGAAUACCAGCGGGUCAGAUUAAGAAGAUUGUGCGGGAGUAUGUGAGCAAGCAUGGGCUGCUGCAUCCGUUGACCAAGCUGGUUCGCCCGGACGAAACUCUGAUCGAGCUGUACGGAAACAGAGAGGCCUCGCUGAGCGAGAUGUGCUCCCUGAUCACUAGCAAGAUGGAGCACUCCUACCAGAUGUGCAGUGGGAAGGACACGAGCGGCAAGCCCCUCAUUCAGAUGUCGCUGGCCACGCGCUCCGGCAACAAGAAGGUGACGCUGGUGAGCAACAUCGAGGCGUACGGCAUUAUUUUGGCCGAAUUCAUCAAGUUGUGCAAGCAGGGAGCCGCCGCCAGCACCAGUGUGGUCAAACUUCCCCACCAGAAGCACGAACAGCUGCAGAUCCAGGGCAACCAGGUGAGGUUCGUUCACACCCUCCUCACGGAGACUUACAAGGUACCGCCCAAGUGCAUCCUCGGCCUCGAAUUGGCCAAGGACGGCAAAAAGAACAAGCGAAAGUGAACGAGAUAAUAAACAAAGACUCUUUCUGUCUGUCCUCUGAGUGUAGUAAUAAAUUAUUUAAUAACUGUA